CUUUUCUGCGGUUUCCGCUCGUAAUAUUGUUUGCAGACAAUCAUCGAUUACUGUGAUUUAUUGACAUUGGCUGACUGCAUGACUUUCAGUUGUAUAUAAAUUGCGACUGGUAUUACAACUCGUUAUAUUGAUCAAUAUUAUACCAAGUGAAGGCGAAAGUAGGCCUACACGUCUCGGUACUGUUGAAGUGUAACUAAUUUAUAUAAUUGUGAAAUAUAGCUUUGGAUAUUUUACAAGACGAGGGAGGAUUGUUUAUGGGAAUAUGGCAGAUGUGGCAGACGGUAUCAAGGAGAGAAAGUACUAUUUUGACGAAAAUUCGGAAUUCGGUACAGAUUACACCGGAUACAAACUUUCCUCUCUGCUUAGUCAACUCCAGCCCCAUUAUGACGUCAUCGUGAUCGGAUCCGGAUAUGGUGGGUCUAUUGCAGCUAGCCGUUGCGCCCGAGCGGGCAAGACUGUGUGCGUCUUGGAAAGGGGCAAAGAAUGGUGGCCAGGGGACUUUCCCGAAACACUGGUGGAAGCAGCGAAAAAUACGCAGAUUACUCAGAAAGAUAGUGGGAUAUUAGAAACUGGUAAACCGACUGAUCUGUACGACAUCAUCAUGGGACCAGAGGUGACCGUCGUUCAGGGAUGUGGCCUUGGUGGGACAUCACUCAUCAACGCCAAUGUCGGCCUGGAUGCCGACCCUGAAGUGUUCGAAGACAAGGCCUGGCCGCAAAACCUACGCGAUGACGUCCUCAACCUAAACGGCGCCGAUCGAGAUCACGUGGUAUCGAUGCUUCGACCAAUGAAAUACCCUGAUAGCCACCCGUCACUCCCAAAGGAAGCAGCUAUGAAGAAGAUCGCGGAGGGGCUGCUCACUGACAUCGAAGACUUGGCAACCAAAGAAAUUUACAAGAAGCUACCGCUCUAUGUGAAUUUCAAGAAGACGAAGAAAAACCACAUCGGGUUGCCGCAACCUGCUUGCGUCGGUUGCGGCAACUGUUGCAGCGGUUGUAACACUGGUGCCAAGAACACACUCAACAUGAACUACCUACCCGACGCAAAGGCCCAUGGCGCUUACAUGUUUACAGAGGUUCAAGUAAAGUCGAUCAGAAGAGACGAGUCAUCUGGAAGAUGGCUUGUGUACUAUGUGCCUCUUGGUCAAGAUGACUUCAACGAAGAGGAACGUACAGUAUCCGCAGAGACAGUCAUCCUUGGAGCAGGAUCUCUUGGUUCUACCAACAUUCUGCUCCAGUCAGCCUUCUACGGUUUGUCCCUCUCACCCAGACUUGGUGAAGGUUUCACCACAAACGGGGACGCCCUCAACUUCAGCUACAACGGCACCGAGAAGAUCCGCCCGGUCGGAAUAGCCUUAGAAGACAUGGCAAAGAAGCCGAAGAAAGGGCCUGGACCUUGUAUCACGGGAUUCUUGGACAUGCGUAGACAUCUGAAUGGCAUGCCUCUCGAGGAUGGCUUCGUUCUGGAGGACGGCACACCUCCGUCUCUUCUGGAAUUACCCUACAAGGUGCUCAUGAAGACCUCGAUAGGGGAAGACAUGUCACCUUGUGAGAAUGAACUCACAGAGUUCCUUCAUUCCAUUACCGGUACUGCUUUCAAGAACACUCUGGCGUUUCUUUCUAUGAGCCACGACUCGAGCACAGGCCGGAUGCGCCAUGACCCAGCCAAUGGCCGGGUCUGGAUAGACUUCCCAAAUAUAGGCGAGGAGCGAAAUUUCCAGAAGAUCUAUGAUGCAGCAAGAUCGGCAACAAAAGUUCUCAAAGGAGAGGUCAUAGCGAAUCCUACUUGGGGUGGUGUUAUUCCGAAGCUCAAAGGCACCAGAGGUGUUGUGACCGUACACCCUCUUGGCGGAUGCUGCAUGGCGGAAUCCGGAAAACAAGGUGUGGUUGACCAUUCUGGACACGUCUUUAAAGGAGAUUCAGCUGAAACCUAUCCCGGUCUUCUCGUCGUAGAUGGCGCUGUCAUGCCCCGUAGUCUCGGUGUUAAUCCCACACUGACAAUCAGUAUGGUUGCAGAGAGAUGCAUGCGUCUCCUUGCUGAGAGUAAUGGCUGGACAAUCAACUACGAAUUCGGUAAACCUCUAAAGAAGAAACCGAAGAGCGAGUGUAAACCUGGAUUGAAAUUCACUGAACGCAUGGUCGGCGACCUGACCGUCGAUGGUUUCCCGUAUCCUGCCGAAUUCACUCUGACUAUUGAGAGUCACGACAUCGAGCACAUGCUCGAAGUGGAUCCCGAACACAAGGCAGCUAUCCACGGCACAGUCACGUGUAAGGCAUUACACGAUAAACCCUUGACAGUCUCGAACGGAGUGUUCCACUUGUUCCGGAACAGCGAUGAACAUGUCGAGACCAAGGAAAUGACAUAUGACAUGAAUUUGCAUGGCGGGGACAAGUUCUAUGUCUUCAAAGGUGUCAAGACCGUGCACAAGGACUCCGCGGUGGAAAUAGGUAUGAGCGAUACGACGACACUUACGAUCAAGGUCUCGGAAGGACCCAAACCAGGCCUGAAGGAGAUCGGUGAGGGAAAACUUGAAAUGAAGUUCUCGGAUUUCAUGAAGCAAUUGUCCACGUUGGAGGUGACCUGUUGCUGCUCGAAGAGGUUGAGGAUGAAAUGGAAAGCGAAGUUCGGAAGUUUCUUCACAGGCAUUUUAGUGGAUUCCUAUGGCGUGUUUGAUCCUUACGGUUUGAGCUCUCCAUUUAGUCCCGAUUCCGAGCCACGGAAGCGAAGGCCAUUGAAUUUGAACGGGAUUACUCCCCAAGUAUAUCAUUUCCUGGCUACCGAUGGCACGCCACUCGUAUUCACUAGAUACAAAGGUGGGGAUAAAGGACCUAUUCUGUUAUUACACGGACUUGGCGUCACACAUCGCAUCUUUGCUCUAGACACAGUAGAAGUCAGUCUCGUCGAGUUCUUGGUAAAGCAUGGCUUUGAUGUCUGGGGCCUUGAGAUUCGCUUUUCAAUAGCCCUUCAGGCGCACAAAAAGGGGAGCUUCAUCAGUGAUCCUGCAGAUAAAGACAUUCCCCCAGCUGUAGAUUUUAUGAUGAAGGUCACUGGGGCACCAAAUAUUCAAGUCUUCGCUCACUGCGCUGGAUCGGCUACAAUGCAUGCCUCUCUUCUUGGUGGACACCUGACUGGGAAAAUCCGCAGCAUGGUUGUUUCCCAAGUCGGCUUCCGUUUUAUUGUCAGCAGAUUCAAUAAGCUCAAGGCGAACGCACGCCUUCCGAAGUUUCUCCAAUGCAUCGGAGUGAAGGGCAUGAGCGCUUACUCUGACAUAGAGGAUGCCUGGCAUCGGAAGUUCAUGAACCGAGUCUUUGAUGGCAUCUCAAAUAUCACGUCUGAGAGUCGAGAGCAAUGUGAUAGCGACGUGUGCCAUCGGAUAACGUUCAUUUACAGUCUCCUCUGGAUUCAUCAGAAUAUGAACCCAUCAACACACGACACUCUGCACGAAUGGAAUGGCUACGUCCACUCUGAUAUCUUCAAGCACUUUGCUCACUGCACCCGCCAAGGUUUCCUCGACAGAAUAGAAGACGAUGCAGAGCCGUACCUUCCAGACUUCCAUUGUCCAGAUAGGCUGAACUCCGAAGCAUACCGGAAGCAGAUGAAGCACUUGGACAUUCCCAUCUUGUACUUCAGCGGACAGGACAACCAUUGUUGGGAUCCAGAGACCACGAAGCAGAGCUAUGAACGGUGCAAGGAAGCAAACCCAGACCAGGACUAUGAGUGGUUCAUGGUCCCUGACUAUGGACACCUCGACUGCAUCGUCGGAAAAGAUGCAUCUGAUGAUGUCUUUCCAAGAUUCUUGCCAUUCCUUGAGAAGUAUGCAAAGCCGUUAGAAAAAUCUUGAAAUCUGUCUUCGAACGUUCCUUGUUAUGAUUGUUGACUGGCCUAGCAUAGAUUAUUUGUGAUUUCACACACUUUUAUGCAAUAUACGUUGCUGUCUUUGUUGUUGACGUCAGAUAUCUUGUCGUUGCUGUCAUUGCGAAGAGUGUUGUGAACCUCCAAUAAAAAGUCGGUACUGAUUGUUCAUUUUAUUUAUCCUUGGAAACUCACUACUCAUCCGAUAUUGUUGGACGAAUAACGUAAUGAGACAUUUUUUCUCAUAAAAGGAUGAAAAGCAGAUGUAAUAUUAUGUGCCUGUGUAUUUGUAUUGUGGUGAAAAGUGUGUGUACCAUGUAAACAUACAGGAGCGAAUGUACAGGUUCACUAUGUUCAUCUUAUGUUUCGAACUUGUUUUAAUCCCUGCAUAAACAUCAUUAAUCAAAAAUAGAACCUCGUCAUCACCCUUCAUGAAGACGUCUUACCAUCUUAACCUCCUCAAUACCUUAAUAUAAAAUGGAGCUUCUUCAUUAUUCUGUUGCAAAAUACGGACUGUUUUAUACAUAUAUAUAUUGUUUAUAAAUCAUCAUCAAAUAUGUAAUCGAAGUUCCUAAAAUUGCAUCAUGAUCCACACCUGGUAAACGGAUCAAAAUGGUAUAUGGAAAAAAACCGAAUUAGCGUUUCAUUGAUUGAAAAAAAUACAUUUGUAUUAAAAUUGAAAUAUUGGGAUGUUAAUUAACCUUUUCGAAAAUUAUUAUUAUUGUCUACAUCAUUGUAGUCAAUAUAUUUUCCAGAGAAAGGGAAAAAAAGAAGAAGAAAUGAUUGAAGAACAAUUUGAAAUUUAUAUUUCACGUAUUCUAAGUUUAUUUUCUAAAUGUCUUCUGUCAUCGUUAUAAAUAUAACUUGUACUUACCGUUUAUUGAGUACUAUACAUCGGCCGAUCUCCAGAUUCGUAUCCAUCUGCCGGUCAUUUCCAUGUAAAUUAAAUUUGUAAUUUAUAUUCUUCGUGUUGAUUGGAUGAUACUGUUUCGCGAAAUGUGGAUUCAUUUAACAGUAAUUAUUAUUAUGGAGCGUUUGUAUCCAUUCUGGUGAGUGCCCAAGGCGUCAAUUGUCGUUGUUUGCGUCGAUGUGUCAACGGAUGUUCGAAGUAGUGUUGUGGAUCAUCAGUAAAUGUUGUGCCAUAGUUAUUAAAUAUAUGUAUGAUAAAAUCUUCUUCCUCCGCUGUAUUCAAGAUGUGUCGUAUGCACCUUGUUUUGGCCUAUUUUUCCCACAUAGUUAUUUGCAUCAGUGAUGUUGUGUACUGCAGGUUCGAGUGUGCUGUUAUCGGUAGUGUCACCGUCGAUGACGCUGUUAUUGAUUUUAUUUUGUCUAUUUUGCUCUUAUUAUAGGUGUUAGUUAUUUCUAUUUUUUAAGUUACUGUUGUUAUUGUGUUGUUGUUUUUUAUUUAUUCUUUAUCAUAAAGAUAAUUAAGAAUAAUUAUGUAAUCAUUAUUGUUAUCAUUAUGAUAUAUUA